AUGGAGAUGAACGAAACAGUAUUAAACGAGUCGCUGGUAUCGACGACUCCAGAAAGUUGUUACUUCGAGCAACCGCCGAUGAUCAACAUCCGAUUCUGGCUCGUCACUGUGUUCGGUUCAACCGUUUCGUUCAUCAGCAUCAUGAAUAACGUGCUUCUUUUCUAUGUGUUUAUAUCGAGAAAGCAUCAUCGCAGCAAUCACAAUGUUUAUCUGAUGUUAUUGGCCUUUUUCGAUAUCUUCGUUAGCACUGCCUAUAUUCUUCUGAUGUCUGUGAAUGUCCUCAUUGAUUAUCUCAUAUCUGCUCGUUUAAUGCAAAUAUGGUUUUCUUACAUGGUACCAAUGAUAACGAUAUCUCAUGUGGCUAUGACGUCGUCGUCUUUUCUCAUCGUGUGCGCUUCGUUUGAGCGUUACUGUCUCACUGUGAAUUCUCCCUUUCUUCCAUUCGCUCAAAAUAAUCGAAAAUUGAUAGCUGGUUUGCAAUUCUUUUCGGAG